GGCCUUUCGAUUUCGAUGCGACUUCCUGUCCCAGUGCUGGACUAUAAAAUGGAGAGCAACGAAAAAAAGAGGUUUCACAAACACGUCGAGUAUCUCGUGGCGGUGGUCUACGAGACAUAUAGAGAUAGAGAGUCUUCCGAACGGGACAAGUCGCGCGAACGUUCGGGGACCGUUCGAAGGUAAAUACAUUUACACCGCGGUAAAGUGCAUCGUCGAGAGAAAGGGACCGCUGUCCACGGGUGAACGCGACUGCUAACCUGAUUCGCUUCAUUCAGUGCGUGAUCCUUAGCCUCGUGUGUGCGCGCGUCAAUCUUGGUCCUCAUCGCGACACUCGUAAGGUUCGACUCUCGCAUUCGUUGUAACGAGUCUAACGGUUUCGAUAGCGAUCGAAUCUCCGUUGAUCGGUAACUCUGUUGAACGUUGUCGCUGAGAAAGGAAAGGCGCGCGAUAACGAAAAAAGGAUUCGUCGAAGAGAGUUGAAAUGGGAACGUAAAUCACGAUCGUCGAUAAUCGAACCGUUCGCCAGGGUGAUACGAUACAUCGUGCCGGCUGGCUAGUGAAAAAAGGAAAGCAAGUCUCUUUCCUUGGUCGUAAACAGUCCGCCGCACCGUCGUUGAGCUCGCGCCAACGACCGACGUCCUCAACCAUGCUCGACGAUCUAGACAACUGAACGAUCCGUGAACGAGAAUUAGCCGUCACGUCGAGGAACUCGUUGAUCGAUGUCAUCGUUCGAAAUGACGAUUGGAACACUCGUCGUGAGAAAUCCCUGAAGCGAUCGCGAAUCGUGCUCGAGAGAAGACGGUCAUCGAGAUCUUCCUUGGAACAAAUAUCGUUCGAGCAGGUUAAUCUUUCGAAAAUGACACCCUUGCUGACUUACUUUCUAUUGACGUUGAGCUGCGUCGUCGACACGACGAUCGCUAAAGAUGGAUCGAACAUCCUCCGGCUCGGAAAAUCGCGGGACAAGAUCGCGACCACGACCGAAACGCCUAAUUCGAACCUGACCGAUUACAAGGAUGACAAACUGCCGAAAGAACGCGGACGAUUGGUCGGAUUCAGCAAGAACAAUCCGGAACUCGAUUGGAAGAACAUUUUGAAAGUGUUUGACGCCAAGGAGGAGGAUCGUGCGGAUCUAGACGUCGAUUUUACGAAGGAGAAGCUCGAGAAAACGGCCAACAGUAUCCAGUGGCUGGCGGAUAUUUACGAUCCCUUAAAGUGGUCUAGAGUGCCUGGGAAACUCGACGGCGAUUGCAGGACUGACUUGGAAUUCUUCUUGAAGUCUCUCAAGGAUGGAAAGCCGUGGGCCGCCAAGAUGUCGGACGCAAGCGGUCGUUACUCGUCGCAAUUUCAUUUCGGAAACGGAUUUUGGCUCGGCUCGAGAAGUCUCUGCCGAGAGGUGAACUCCACCCACGAAAAAGUUGACAUGAGAAUCGACGACAAACCACCUUAUCCGAUCAAUUUCCACGUAGCUAAAAUGUAUCUGACUUUGCCGCAGGAGUUCGAAAUUUCCAGAAGGCAAGUAUUUUUGGGUCUCUGUCUGCCGGCUACGUGUAACCGGACGUCGCUGACCUCGAUGCUGAAAGCUAGCGCGGAUCGAGUCGAACUGGAAGGCAAUUCGACUUAUCGAUCGACCGGCCCGAAGAUUCACAUCGUCGAGGUGAAACCUGUGCCUUCGAGCAAUUACAGUCCUUGGCGCGAUCCCAAGUUGUAUGUCCUCUCAGGAAUCGGAGGAGCGGUAAUUUUGCUGAUGGUGUGCGCCACGAUCUACGAAUACAACUUUACGCCAAACGUCAUGGACAUCGAAUCCUCGAGCGUGUCGAACAAUAACGAGAGGCUCGACAAUUUCUCCAACAAAAACUUGAAUCAGGAUCGCCGAAUAUCCAUGGGUCAAGAGGAAGGAGAAGAAAAGAGCCUGCAGAAAGAUCUGCCGGAACAAGCAAACAAGAAAGAUAAGAGAGGACUUUGGUUAACGUGCCUGGCUGCUUUUAAUCCUAUUUCGAACGGAAGCAAAAUCCUCAGCACCGAGCCUGCGGCUAGAGAGAAUUUGACUUGUCUGCACGGACUACGAGUGUUCUCGCUGGGCUGGGUCGUCAUGGUGCACACCUAUCUCCAGGUGUACGCUAUCGCAGAGAACAAGACGUUGCGCACGGUGACCGAGCGGAACUUCAUGUUCCAGACGAUCAGCAACGCCACCUUCUCCGUGGACACAUUCUUCUUCAUCAGCGGUUUACUGGUUACGAUCCUUUUCUAUCGAUCCGCCGGGAACUUGAAGAGCGACAACAGCACCUUCCUGAAGACGUGUUUCACCAAAUUUAUCAUCAUGAUUCUCUACAGAUUCAUCAGGUUAACCCCGGCGUACCUCUAUGUUCUGGGAAUGAACGAGAUCGCCAUAAAACAAGCUCAAGCAACGACCGUUUUCUUUCCCGUGAUCAUCGAUGACGUGACGUGCGAAAAGUUCUGGUGGAGGAACGCGCUCUACAUAAACUCGUUGUAUCCCCGAUCGGAAAUGUGUAUGCUGUGGAGCUGGUACAUGGCAAAUGACACGCAGUUCUACGCUCUCGGAAUACUUUUGCUUCUUCUGUCCAUUAAAUAUUUAAAGGCCAUCGCAGUCGCUGUUCUUUUCCUGAUCGCCUCCUCGUGGUUCACCACCUUCUUCGUGGCCUACACCAACGAUUACGUCGCCAGGAUUCAAGAACCUUUCGCCCUUUUCGACGAGCUCUACGAUAAACCCUGGCUGAGGGCUGGUCCUUACUUCGUCGGCAUUAUCACCGGCUACAUCCUCUUCAGGACGAAUUGCAAAUUGAAACUGCCGCUGAUAGCGCAAACGAUCGGUUGGCUGUUAUCGACCGGCGUGAUGUUCCUGGUAGUUUACGGUCUAUAUCCCGGAAAUUUAACUGUAGCGACGAGCUCCACGUACGCCGCCUUAGGACACACCGCCUGGGCGUUGGGUGUAUCCUUCAUAGUGAUUCAAUGUUGCACCGGAUCCGCUCGAAUGAUCGACAGCUUGCUGUCGCUCCGGCUGAUGUUUCCGCUCUCGAGGUUGACUUACUGUGCAUACUUGGUGCACCCUGUCAUCAUGCUGAUCACUGUUAGUCAGAUGGACGGCCCGUUGCACCUUCACAACGGUCUUGUGCUGAUCCUGUAUCUCGGCAAUCUCGUCGCUUCGUACUUGACGUCGUUCUGCAUUUCUAUCGCGCUCGAAGCGCCCGUAGUCAAUCUGCUAAAGAUUGCUUUUAUCUCGAAGAAGAGGAUAAGGUAGAAGGAAAAGUUGGAAAGCGCUCUAUCGCGCGAUCAACGCGGACGGAAAUAUUUGUAGUCCUUCGACGAAGGGAGCCCCGUUCCAGGACGGUCUGGCGCACGUUUUCAGGAUAGAAUAGUCGACCUCCGCGUGUUCAUCGGGAAAAGGUUGUUCGACGACGCCGACGUUCGAUUCGGUCGCAAAACACGGAACUCAACGCCUACCCAUUCUGCGAAUAUUCAUCGCGAACGAUGAUCCCCGUAUCGACGAUGCGCU